AUGAGUCAAGCAAGUCCGCCAUCCGAAGAAAGGAGGAAUGCGGGGCGUCAACCCGGCUCACAAGGCUACUCCCACGAGGACUCCACCGCUCUUGUGGAGAUUGUGAAGGGAAUACUUCCUUUAGGAAGUAAUGAGUGGCAAAAGGUUCAUGAGCUCUACUCGGAUUAUGCAGCUCGUAAUGGUCGAACCCCCCGCGACUGUGAACCAUUGAAGAUGAAGUUUAAAGCGUUGGCGACGGCAAAGAAGCCAACCGCAGAUCCAACUUGUCCUACUUGGAUUCGGGAGGCAAAACGCGCGAACUUUUUAAUCAAAGAGAGAUCACGUACCAUUACUAUGGUUGAUGAGGAAUACACCGCGGAGGAGAGUGGCAACGAGAGAAACGGAGUGGGGAAUCCGGUCCCUCUUUCUCCGGGUGAUGGACGCUUAGAUGGCGAGGGCGAGCCUGGCGAGUCCCAAUCUUCCCGAGGAACCCUUUUUUUCGGGCUGGAGUGCUUCUCAAUCGCAGCUACCCGACGAUCCAACACAGAGCUCCAUCAGCCAAACGGGAGCUACUACACACUCGCCGAUUGCUCCCGCAUCAACUUCCUCACCCAUCGUUCAAAUGCCCAAUCGCAAACCUCGACCAGGGCCACUUCGGCUGUUUCGGGGUCCUCGCGUCGUACUUCGAACUCGCAAGGUGGAAUUCAAGGUUCUCUGGCUUCCUUUUUUGACCCAGAAGCCCGUCAAUCUCGCGAGAUGGAGUCCAGUUUGUCUCAAUUUUAUGCAUUACGGCUGCAAGAUGCAACCAGUACCAUCAACCGCUUGCAAGAUGAAGCCAAUCGCCUCCGAGAGGGAAUAAACAUCCCAGUUCUUCGCUUGCAGGAGGAGUUACAACAAGUCCGCAAGGAACUGGCCGAGAAGACCUCCAAGAACCAAACUUUGAAGCACAGCUUUGAGAUGUUACAACUCCGAAUGGAGUUGAGCCACCAAGUUCCUGCGACCCUUCAAGCCUCCGGUCCUAGUCCUUACUUGAGGAACCUGUUUGCCAAUCCAAUUCCGUUCCACUCGGCCGCAUCUACUUCCAAUCUGUUCCACUCGGCUGCUCCUAAUUCCACUCCAUUCCCCUCUUCUUCCACCCGGGAAGGCCAAAAUGGUGCCCCUCCUCCAAACACCCAAUGA